AGCAGGGGUGACUCAGGAGAUACUGAGGGGCUGGGGAUCUUGCAGGGAUGCCGUUCCUGCAGGAGAGUAGAGCUCAGCUGCCCUUCAAGCGAACUGCCCUGGAAUUCAGCUUCAGUCCUUGUGUACCUGCCAUGGCCACAACACUGAGCCUGGACACUGGCUCAAGCUCAGCAGGACUGCAUCUGCUGCAGCUGGUGGUGCUGAGUCUGGGAACAUUCCAGGCAGAUGUCCAUUGGCAGGCAGGGUAGGGGAUGCUGCCUGCUCCUCUCUGCAUGCCCUGGGGCCAGGAGGGCACUGGUGCCAGCAGGGAGUCUGGUGAACCCCCAACCAGAUAUGCCUCAGUUUCCCUCAGCAGCAAGGCUGGCCAGGCUCAGGUCUAGACUGCUGGGGUUGGUGGGAUGGAGCUGUCCCUCUGGCUCUGCUGUGCCAGGAUGCCUUUAUCUCCUGCAGGCAUUUGCCACAGGGUUGGAGCCCCUCAGAGGUAUUUUGUGCUCUGAGCCUGUCGCUGAUAAGCGUGGUGGGAGGGUCACUGCCAAGGGCAUUGGCAAAGCUCAGCUCCACUGCCCCAGCCGGCCGCUGUCUCCUCUUGCCGGACACUCCUGCUUGGCUGGGGCAUCCCGUGCCCACAGAUGGCUGUGGCACCUGGGCUUCCUUGGACACUCACAGCCUGCCCUUGUAGUGAGCCUGCAUCAGGCUGCUCCCAAACACUGCCUGUCCCUCGGGAGCACCAUGGCAGUGAGUCAGGACUGCUGGCUCCUUACAUCCAUCGCCGAGCUGCCGUGCGGUGCUGGGCUUGGCGUGCUGCUCCCAAAACACCCUCAGAGCCACUGCUCACGAAGCACCCUCGGAGUGGCUGCUCCCAGGGAGCCAAAGCCUCAGGGUGCUGCUCGCUCUGGCACAGUGCUGUCCUUGCAGUGCACGUUUGGGCCAUCUGGGCGCCAGGAGAGUGCUCAGCUCAUGGGUUCUUGCCCCCACCCCUUCUCCCCUGCUGGGGAGAUGGAGCCCACGAUGCCUAUGCCUCGGUGAUGCCAGCACCUUGGCGAUGCCAGCAGCCCAGCAGUGCCUGCACCGCAGCCCACACCGGCUCAGGACCGCGCUGUGCCACUCACAGUCCCAAAUAAGCGUGUGUCAGCAAACAGGGGAAGGCUCCACAGGGGAGGACCCCGGCACUGCGUGUUCCCCUUCUGGCCGAAGCUGCCCCCAGGCAGGGCAGGGUGCUGGGCGUGGGUGCUGCCCCGUUUCCGCCGCGCCCAGGGCGGCCCCGGCUUUGGUGCUGUGGUUUCCCCACGUGGUCGGCGCCCGAGGUGAUGGCAGGGGUGACUCGGCAGCAGGGGCGAGGAGCGGAGCCACCUCUAACCUGGACCUCGAGAGCAAGAAAGCCGCCCCCGCCAAGCUGCCAUGGCAGCAGCCUGUGAACGUCUUCCUGGCAGCUGGGCGCCCGCCGGGCAUGGAGCAGCUGCACCAGGAGGCCCAGCUCAACCUCCAGAGCUUGCUGCAAGAGGAGUAUGAGGAGCAGUACACCGAGAGCAGGGUCACUGGGCAGACGUUCCGCGCUGCUGGUCACCCGCCCUCCGACACCUCCCCUGAACCAUCACCUCGACCCCCACCUGCCAAGCGCCUUGAGUUCGUGCUUAUGCCCCCGAGCCAGCGAGCGGCCGAAGAGGAGACCACCAGCAGCACUGUGCUCAGUGCUCGGCCUCCUGACACCUCCCUGAGCCUCCCCACCAGUCCAGACAAGCAGCAACCCUGGCCCAGCGCCUUCCCCUUGCCCCCUGAGGAGGAGAAGCAGUGGCACCAGCCCAGCUCCAUCCAGACCAACAUUGUCCCCAUCAAUGUCUCCGGGCAGCACUUUGCUAGGCUUGCGAGUGCUCGUCACUCCCUGUUUAACACAGAGACUGCGAUGAACCCAAAGUCCACCCUGCGGCGUAGACGGACCAUUAUUGGAUUCCCUAACCUGUCCCUGCGAGACCAAGGCAGUGCCAACGGCCCCACCUCCAGCACACACGCGCCCAUCGAUGAGUCCCUGUCCUGCAGCUUUGUGCCUGAGACCACGAGCAGGGGCACUGCGCCCCAGGAGAUCAGCGCUCGUCCGCCCCUCUCAGCCCCACUGAGGAAGACCUUCAGUGACCUCGGGGCCCUUCGCUGCCAGCCACCUGCUGCCAUGGAUGGGGCAGCCAACCCCUGUGCCAGUGCCUGCAAUGGGACACAGGGCACCCCUUUUUCUCCGCCCUGGACCCCCGUGGGUUAUGGGAGCCCCCCCAGCCUUACCACUGGCCCAGGCAAGGGGCCCACCUGCACCUCGCCGGGCAGCUUCAUUCCAUCGCCCAGCCCAGGUUCACCCGCCGCCUCCACCUCCUUCUUCAUCGCCACAGAAGAGCGCAUGGGCAGCAAUGGGCCCAGCUUUUUCUCUGGCCCAGUGCCUGCUUCCCCACCCAGCUCCAGGUGCAUCCAGGGAGCCAAGGGGAAUUUCUUGCCAGGAAGCCAAGAGGAGCUGGAGCCAGCGGCAGGGCCAGCGCAGCUGGAGGUGGAGCGGGCAGGGUGCCGGUUCCGUGAGCGGUCGCUGUCGGUGCCCACUGACUCGGGGUCCCUCUGCUCUGUGGACAUCACGUAUGCUGAGACCCGGCGGGGCAGCGCCAACUACGCCCUGGGCUACCCCAGCGCCAGCUCCGAGGGCAGCACCAGCACCGACAACAUCUCCCUGGGGCUGGAGCCCGAGGGGCAGCGGCGGCGGCGCUCCAAGAGCAUCUCCCUGAAGAAGGCCAAGAAGAAGCCCUCGCCACCCACGCGCAGCGUCUCACUCAUCAAAGAGGGGCCGGAUGGUGAUGAGGGGCUCAGCGCGGCACUGCCCAAGGACCAGCGGCCCAAGAGCCUGUGCAUCCCACCAGAGCUCCAGGGUCACCGGCUGGUGCACGCCGACCCUCAGGGGAGUGCAGGCAGGGAGCCCAACAGCACAACCGCCCCCCACCAGUGGCAUCUCACAGACUGGAGGGCUGGCAGUGAUCCCUACCAGUCCCUGUCUGGCUCAAGCACAACCACAGGGACCACUGCUGUUGAGUGUGCCAAGACACGGGGCAGCUCUGAGUCCCUCGUGUCUCCUUCAGUCUCCAGGGCCACGACGCCCUCCCAGCUCUCUGCCGAGGCAGACCUCAAGACCUCCUCGCCAGGCAGGCCCACAGGGCUGAUGUCCCCAUCCAGCGGGUACUCCAGCCAGUCAGAGACCCCAACCCCCACCGUACCCACCUCCACCAUCCUCGGGCACUCCCCGCACCAGGUGCGCGUGAGGCCACUGGUCCCCGAGAGGAAAUCCUCUCUGCCCCCCACAUCCCCCAUGGAGAGGAGCCCCAAGGGCAGGCUGUCCUUCGACCUCCCACUGACUCCACCCGCCCACCUUGACCUCUCAGGGCUGAAGAUCUCCCUGAAGGGGAAGACUAAGGUCAGCCGGCACCACUCUGACUCCACCUUUGGCACCAAGCUGGCCCAGAAGACCAGUCCCAUCACACCCAUCAUGCCCGUGGUGACACAGUCCGACCUGCGCUCUGUCCGCCUCCGCUCCAUCAGCCGCUCAGAGCCAGAGGACAGCGCUGAUGGCCUAGAGCACACAGAGGAGCCAGCACACAUCCCCUGCCCUGGGCCGGAGAGAAAAGUGAAGCCACCUGUGGCAGAGAAGCCACCCCUGGCCAGGCGCCCCCCGUGCAUCCUGCCCAAGCCCCCAGUUCUGCGGGAGGAGGGUCCCCUGUCCCCCAAAUCCCCACCAGGCACUACCGCCAAGGAGAAGGGGCUGGCACAGGAUGCCUUUGUGGUGCGGCGGAGAGGGGAGCUGAGGAGGAGCUCAGCUCUGGGGGAGUCCCACUUGUCCCUGACCCCAGCGGGGCCCCGGCGGCUCUCCCAGGGCAGCCUGGACGAGCUGCGGCCAGAGCGGAGCAGUGCCGAGGGGGAGCGCAGGAAGGCCAAGGUACCCCCGCCAGUGCCCAAAAAGCCCAGCGUGCUGUACCUGCCACUCAUCCCAGCCCCAGCACAGCUGGGAGCUGGUGCGGGGGACCUGCCACCCACCCCCAGCCCCAUCAUCACCCUGGACACUGAGCCCACCUGCUGCGACCCUGACGCUGAGGAGCCGCCAUCCCCCAAGGCCGUGGGCACCACGCCUGCCAGCGAGCCUGCCUCAGAGCAAGGCAGCUCAGCAGAAGCCGGCAUGGAGGAGAAGAGCUUUGCCAGUGACAAGACAGCUGAGUCCAUCGUGGAGGAGGACGAUGAGGUGUUCACGACGUCCCGCACUACAGAGGAUCUCUUCACAGUGAUCCACAGGUCAAAGAGGAAGGUCUUGGGGCGGAAAGAGCCUGGUGACACCUUCAGCAGCCGACCCACCUCCCACUCACCUGUAAAGACUUCAAGCUCCCCAGCUGGAGAGUCUCUGGCAGCAGCAGGCAACAGUGGGAAGUCUUCCAGCAGGAAUGAGGAUUUUAAAGCCCUGCUCCAGAAGAAGAGCAGCAAAACAAGCCCUGGUACUCGGCCAUCUGCCGCCGAACUGCUCAAGACCACAAACCCGCUGGCCCGGAGGGUCAUCACAGAGUUUGCCCCUGAGCUGGACGGUGCAAACAGCCCCAAAAGCCAGCCCUGACCACACAGGGGCUCCUCCAGCCGAGAGGAGAGAGCGCUGCAGAGAGAGCGCUGCUGCAAAGGGCUGUCCUGGCUGCUGGGGAGCCCCUGUAUCCUGCUGGGGGGUUCUUCUGCUUUUGUUCCUUACCUGGAGAGCUGCUGGCAGAGAGGCAGUGGCUGAAGCCCAAGCUCUCAUGACUCUGGGCCCUUCCCAUGGGAGAAGUUGCUAGAACUGGCCCUGGCUGAGCCAGCUCCUGGGAUUGAAGGCACCUGCCCAGGAAGCAGAACAGGAUCACAGCCCCUGGUGUUGCCUGAUGCCUGGUGCAAAGCAGCUUGAGACUCUCUGGUCCCUUCGGCAUGUGGUACUUUAAACAGAUUUUCUAAUGCACA